CACAUCUCCCUCCUUCAUUAUCCAAUCCCCAUACCUCCCUCCAUCUCCCAUCCCUCUCUCCCCUAAUUCAAUGCAAUUCUUUGCUCUCCUUUUUCUGGCAUGUCCUCUUCUUCCUGUGCAUCUUCACAUUCGUUUGCAUCCCUCUGAUCCAUGAUCUUCUAUCGAUAUCAAAUAAGCACAAUUUAAAGACAGCGCAGAACAAUGCCACCCAACCCGGGACCCCCUCCCCCCUACCGGGACCACCUCAAACAAGACGCGCCCUCCCGCAAAUCGCUCUCCUCCUUCGCCCCGAUCCCCGAAGAAGAAUCCUCACCAUCCGCCGACAUCGACGACCGAUUCACCCUCUCCGACCUCUCCGAUGACGACGACCACCACCACAAUCACAAUACCGGCGGCAGCGGCAGCAGCAGCAGGAGCAGCAGCAGCCGCCAGAUCAAACUCCGCCGCAUCGACAACCACCACAGCCGCCACAGCUCCACCGCAUCCAAACCCGCCUACGCCUACCCCACGAGUAAUAACAACAGUGCCCGCCCCUCGGACGUUGAAGCCUACCUCUCCUCCAUCACCGCCGCGGAACGCGAACUCCUGACCGCGGCGCAUCAGUUCGAACUCUCCGACGACGAGGAGGAGGACAGCGACGACAGCGAUGCGCGCUCCGUGAGCUCGGACGUGGGGUUGAGGAAGGGGUCAAAGGGACAUCAUCGGAGAAGAUCGUCGGCUUUCAAGAAGCAUACGCCGCAUAUGGGGUGGGGGUGGACGACGACGACCAGAUACUAUUAUCGGAAGGUUUGGUGCCGUGCGCUGCUGGUGGUCGUGUUGGUGUUGGGGGCGUUGGUGUGGGUGUUUCUACGGUUUGCGGCGCGUGGUAGCUGGGAUGCGGGGAGGGUGGAGGUGGAUAUGCCUCCCUCCGAAUCAUGGUUCCCGACGCCGCAAGGCGGUGCGCUGGAGGAUUGGGCGGAUGAUUAUCGCAGGGCGGAACUGUUGGUGCGCAGUAUGACGCUCAUCGAGAAGAUCAACAUCACGACCGGCGUUGGAUGGCAGAUGGGCAUGUGUGUGGGGAAUACAGCGCCCGCCGAACUUGUCAAAUUUCCCUCGUUGUGUCUGCAGGACGGACCACUGGGGUUGCGCUAUGCCGAUUUGAUCUCCGCCUUCCCCGCUGGGAUCACCACCGGCGCGACCUGGAAUCGCGAGUUGAUCCGUCAGCGGGGCGUGGCAUUGGGCGAGGAAGCGCGCACCAAAGGUGUCAAUGUGCUUCUCGGUCCUUCUAUGGGCCCCCUGGGGAUGAUGCCUGCUGGUGGUCGCAACUGGGAAGCGUUUGGGGCGGACCCGGUUUUGCAGGGUGUGGCGGCCGCGGAGACUAUUCGCGGCAUUCAGAGCACCGGGGUGAUGGCUACGGCCAAGCACUAUAUCAUGAACGAGCAGGAACAUUUCCGUCAGCCCUACGAGUGGGGCAUCGCAACGGCCCUGUCAUCCAACAUCAACGACCGUGCGCUACAUGAGGUCUUUCUCUGGCCCUUCGCGGAAGCCAUCCGGGCCGAUGUCGCCAGUGUCAUGUGUUCGUACCAGAUGGUGAACAAUAGCCACGCCUGUGAGAACAGCAAGCUGCUGAACGGGAUCCUCAAGGACGAACUGGGUUUCCAGGGCUUCGUGCAGUCCGACUGGCUGGCUCAGCGCUCGGGCAUCAAUAGCGCUCUAGGCGGGCUCGACAUGAGCAUGCCCGGCGACGGUCUUCGCUGGGCGGACGGCAAGUCGCUCUGGGGAUCGGAGCUGACUCGUGCCGUGCUUAACACUUCUGUCCCGAUGGAGCGGUUGAACGAUAUGGUGACUCGCAUCGUAGCUGCUUGGUACCAUUUGGGCCAAGACACGUGGGAGCGCCCACCGCCGGAAGGCAACGGCGGUCCCAACUUCUCCUCUUGGACCAACGACGAGGUGGGCUGGAUCUAUCAGGGAUCCCCUAGUGACGAGACCUACGGCGUGGUGAAUCGCUUCAUUAAUGCGCAGGGCGAGGGCGACAAUGCCCAUUGGAUCAUCGCGCGCAAGGUCGCGACCGAGGGAAUUGUGCUCGUAAAGAAUGACCGUCAGACCCUCCCGUUGUCCCGCCGCCCCACGACUGGGUCCGGAGCCGUGUUUCGCGUGGGUGUCUUCGGUGACGAUGCGGGCCCGGCAAUGGGUCCCAACGCCUGCGCCGAUCGCGGGUGCAACCAAGGAACCUUGGCGAUGGGCUGGGGCAGCGGCACGGCCGAAUUCCCGUAUCUGGUCAGCCCCUUUGAGGCUUUGCAGUCCGCCUGGGAGACAGAGAUCGAACUCAGCCCCUACCUCCGCAACGCGGUGAUGCCGGCGGAGGUGGCGGACAAGGACCUCUGCUUGGUGUUCGCCAAUGCCGACUCGGGCGAAGGUUUCAUCUCCGCGGGGGGCAUUCACGGCGACCGCAAUAACCUGUUCCUGCAGAAGGGCGGCGACACGCUGAUCGAGACGGUCGCUCAAAACUGCGCUGGGCCGACCGUGGUGGUUGUGCAUGCGGUGGGUCCGGUCGUGGUGGAAUCGUGGAUCGAUCUGCCAGGGGUCGAUGCCGUGCUUUUCGCCCAUCUGCCUGGCCAAGAGAGCGGCAAUGCGCUGAUGGACGUCUUGUUUGGCGUGGUCGAUGCCAGCGGGCGGCUGCCGUACACGGUCGGCAAGAGUCUGGAAGACUACGGACCCGGGGCGCAGGUCUUGUAUGAGCCUAAUGCACCCGUGCCGCAGGUAGAUUUCCAGGACGGGCUGUAUAUUGAUCAUCGGUAUUUCGAUCGACACAACAUCACGCCACGAUUCGAGUUCGGGUUUGGAUUGUCGUACACGACGUUUGAGCUUGCCGAUCUUCAUGUCCAGGGGCUGCAGUCCAAGUCCCGUCUCCCGGCGUCUCGACCGCCCCAGACCGUCUUCCCCCCCGAGUACGACGCGGAGCCUCCACGCAAUGAGUCGGUGUUGUUCCCUGCAGAGUUCCGGGCGGUCCCUCAGUUCAUCUAUCCGUACCUCACGUCGAUGGACGGCACCGCGGCGGCCAACUACACGCACUAUCCGGAGGGGUACGACCAACCGCAGCCGUUGUCGCCUGCCGGUGGUGGAUUGGGCGGAAAUCCAUCGCUCUAUGACGAGGUGGUGAAUGUCGAGGUUGAGGUGCGCAACACAGGACCGCGGGCCGGUCAGACCGUGGUGCAGGUGUAUGUCUCAUUCCCUGGGGGACCGAUUGAGUUUCCGUCGCGCGUGCUGCGGAAUUUCACCAAGGUCGCGCUGGAGGCCGGGGAGAGGCAGACGGUGGCGAUGACGUUGACCCGGAAGGACCUGAGUUACUGGAGUGUGCGCGAGCAGAAUUGGGUGAUGCCGGAUGGCGAGUUUGAGAUUUGGGUCGGACAGAGCUCACGGGAUUUGCCUUUACGAGGGGAAUAUUGA